AUGGGGACCAAGCUGUCCGUGUCAAUCGAGGGUGCUACGAAACCAGAAAUCGCUCCACGCGUCGACCGCCCACCAACGUUUGAUCCUCAGUAUGGCUUCGAAAAACCUAGGAAGGUUAGAGAGAUGAAGGCAACAUGGGAAGAAAUGGAGCAAUUCAAAUUGAAGGCCGGUCAACGUGAUUAUUGCGCUCAUCAUUUGAUAGAACUCAUGAAAGCUAACGCUCCUUUUGCUGGACACCUUUGUGACGAUAAACGUGGUGCUUGGGAUAAAUGCGAGUAUGAGGACUACAUCAUGCGCAUAAAGGAGUUCGAACGUGAACGUCGACUUUUGAUGAGGAAACAGCGCAAGGAAGCCAUGGCAGCAGCAUGA